UAAGGCCAGAUGGCUAAUUUCCAGCCACUUGGCGCUGGGUGGAGGAACAUAAAAGGGCCUCCAGCAAGGGGGACAAACCAGCUUAGUGCUACUGACCAACAUGAAGUUCACCGCAGCUGUCUUCCUCGGCGUCGCGCUCUUCCACGUUGCUUUGGCAGCUCCGAUCGCUGAGACCAGCGAGCUUGAUCGUCGCACCGCCCCGGGUGGAGGCAAUUACGUCGGUACUAAUGACAUCACCGACAAGACCGACGAGGAGGCUCAUGGUUUGCUGUUCUGCCUGCAUGAUAACGAGUCAAUCUGACCAUUCCGUUCUCACAGAGCUCGUUCGUCGCACCGCCCCGGGUGGA